GUUCAUCCUUGUGACUCCUUUCAGCAGCACACAACAGGUCUUAGAAGAACCAUGAAGUUCAUCUGUCUUUUCUUUGCUGUGGUCUUCCUUGGCAUUGUCCAGUCUGAUGAAGCAGAUCUGGACCAAGCCGAGAAGCAAGAGGCAGAGGCUUUGGAAGAUCUGAGUGGUCCUCAGGAUGAAAACCCAGAUGGUUAUGAUGAAGCUUUGGAGGAUGAAGGUGAUUGUAACGUACAUGGUGGGCGGGUAUUGCAUUUCUUUCAGAGAUGUUCACUCUUUCAUUGAACUCGGUUAGAAAUACUUCUCCUUGGCUGGAUCAUGAGCUAAUGAUAGUAUUUUCAAUGGUGAUUAGUAGUCUGUACAUGCCCUUAGGCAUGGUCCUCUUGGACAUUACAUUGAAACUCUCUAAUAUGUUCUGGAAGGGAUGCUGAGUUAGACCAAGGUAGUUGUUGUCGGCAUGCAGAGGGUCACAAGGCCAGCUGGCUAGCCCCAGCUAGGUUGUGUCCUUGGACCCGUCCCGCUGCAAAGACGUAAAUGAGCAACCAGGCUUCAAAGCCAGGGCACACUAUCAGCAAAGCAAACUGCGCACACAGAAUAGGUGUGAGGCUUCUGGAAGCAUACUACAACUACGGAUUUAUUAAUCAUAAAUCAGGACAAAGAAACAUGUUCUCUCUCUCUUUGUCUUCUCGGAGAGAUAGAGAAAAGCAAAAGCUAUACACACAACAGAAGUUGCUAGCAGGCUGUGCUGGAAUGUAAACAGACAUGUGACACGCAACAGUUUCAUGUCUGUAACUAAAGGUGGAAUGGAAUUUUCCAACAGUUACCUCCUUUUCUCCAGCACUGGAAAUUUCUAGCAGGGGUGGCCAGCUUGUCCCCUGCAUCUGGUCGUCAAAGAUGUACUGCCUUCAGACAUGGCUGAAGCCACUGAUGAUAGCUGAUUAUCAAGGCUAUAUUUCAGAUAAUUGUCUGAAAUAGGAUAUCACCUAGUGUGUUCUUCCCUGAGUGGUUUUGUUUCUUUAGAGUUUGAACUGCGUGAUGGGGAUAUGCAGUGGAUCAGUUUCAUUUGUGCUUGUUACAAUGGAACGGGGUGCUCUUUCUUAGAUCUGAUGGAAAAGAGGUUGUUGGAGCGUAUAAUAAAUAAAUAAAUAAAUAAAUAAAUAAAUAAUUUUUUUAAUUUAUUUUUACCCUUCCCAUCUGGUUGGGUUUUCUGGGCGGCUUCCAACAAAUGAUUAAAAUGAUUAAAAAUACAUUAAAACAUCAGACAUUAAAAACUUCCCUAAACAGGGCUGCCUUCAGAUAUCUUCUAAACAAAAGCUAGUGAAAUCAGAAAGGCAAAGUGUGAUGAAUGAGUAGCUGGCUACUUAAUGGGGACUUGUUAUUACAGAGUCUUUUUGUUUCAUGCUGACUAGCAAUAAGAAAGGCUUCCAUUCAUCAAAAAAAUCCCAUUCAUCCCUAAAACGAAUGUUCACCACCAGUGUUAUGCAUAAAGAUAACAUCCUUUCUGCUUUGUGUGAAUGCUUCUAGACUUCCGUGUAACAGGUUCCAUGUAACAGGACUGUUUUUCUCUGUGCAGGAAACAUGCAACGGAAGGAUCGUACAAGGCAAUGUUGGCGUUCUGGUGGUAGAUGCUUUUUAGCCCUCUGCCCUCGUGGAACUACUCGCAUUGGAAAAUGCACCUUUUCAUAUCUCUGCUGUAAAGGUGAAGUCUGUGUUCCUCAUUAAGACAUCUCACGUUUAGCAGAAAACCUUUAAGAUAUCUCACAUUUAGCAGAAAACAUCUCAGACCCACUCUUCCUAGACAUGGGACAAGUGCAAGUGUGGAUGAGCUCUGAGUGUUAGUUGCUGUAACUCACCCUUUGACCAUCGGGUGAAGGGCAGCUAUUUAAUUACAGGAUGAUAUCCAAUGUUAUUCAGUGUAGACCCAUUGAUUUCAAUGCGCCUGCCAUGAGCAUGACUGCUGGAACUGAUCCAGCACAUAUAUGUAACACUAUAUACAGUGGACCCUCCAGAUACAAACUUAAUUCAUUUGGGGGUCUGUUCGCACCCCAAAAAUUACGUAAAUAGAGGCGCGAUGCUGCUCAUGCACGUGCUGCAAAAUCCGGAAGUAUACAGGCCGUGGCCGUAACCCAAAUAUUCCGUAUCCAGAGGGAUACAUAAGUAGAGGUAUGACUGUAUUCUCAACAUGUGUGAUCAUGACUAAACCACCUCUUCUUCCUCUUUUCUUUAGCAAAAUGAAGUAACUGGGAGGGAUUUCAAAGCUGGACCAUUGUUUGAUCACCCGUGGAAGAAAUUUAAUAUCAAGUAAUCAUCUCUGUUAAUUUGGGCUUCAAGAAAUCUGGCAUGGUGCGAGUCUAUCCUUGAUAAGUCAAGAAUCUCUUCCUUUCAGCUGUUACUACUACAAAUAAACAAUCAACACAAA